AUGAGCGUGUUUAUUUGGGGAGGGGGAGUCGCCACCGUCGGGGCCUGCCCGGCCGUUUGCCGCUGCUCCGGCGGCCGCGUUUACUGCAACGACCGCGGGCUCACGGCCGUGCCCGAGGGGCUCCCGCCCGGGGCCACCACGCUGUUCCUGCAGAACAACCGCAUCGGCGACGCGGGGAUCCCGGCUCGCCUGGGCCGGCUGCCGGCGCUGCGGGUGCUCUACCUGUACGCCAACGCCCUGGAGCAGCUCCCGGCUCACCUGCCGCCCGCGCUGCGGGAGCUGCACCUGCAGGAGAACAACGUGCGCGGCCUUUGCCGCCGGGCGCUGGCCCGGGCGCCGCUGCUCGAGCGGCUGCACCUGGACGACAACUCGGUGUCGGCGGCCGGCAUCGAGGAGGACGCGUUCGCCGAGAACCGCCGGCUGCGCCUCCUCUUCCUCUCCCGCAACCACCUGAGCAGCGUCCCCGCGGGGCUGCCGCCGGCGCUGGAGGAGCUGCGCCUGGACGACAACCGCAUCCACACCAUCCCGCUGCGCGCCUUCGAGGGGCUGCCGGCGCUGCGGCGCCUGGUGCUGGACGGGAACCUGCUGGCGAACCAGCGCAUGGCCGACGACACCUUCAGCCGCCUGGGCAACCUCAGCGAGCUCUCGCUGGGCCGCAACGCGCUGGCGGCGCCGCCGGCCAACCUGCCCCGGGCUCGGCUCCGCCGCCUGUCGCUGGCCGCCAACGCCAUCAGCCACGUGCCGGCCGGAGCGCUGGCCAGGAUGAGGGCGCUGGAGCGGCUGGACCUGUCGGACAACAACCUGACCACGCUGCCCAGGGGGCUCUUCGACGAUCUGGGCAGCCUGAGCCACCUGGGGCUGCGGAACAACCCCUGGUUCUGCGGCUGCAACCUGGCCUGGCUGCGGGACUGGCUGCGCCGCCGCGCCCCGCCGCGCCUCGAGGUGCGGGGAUUGCUGUGCCAGGCCCCGGCCAGGCUGCGGGGGUUGCCGGUGGGCGAGCUGCGGGGCGAGAUGGACGCGUGCGAGAGCCCGGCCUCGGGGGGGGCUGCGGGCGGGGGGACGUCCCCCGCCGUGGCCGCCGUGUCCCCCGCCGUGGUGGCCGCGUCGUCGCCGGGAGCCGCCGCCACGCCGGGGCUGUGGGUGCAGGCGGCGCCGGGAGGGGCUCUGAGGGUUCGGUGGCCACCGGCUCCUCCCGGGGCGUCGCUGAGGCUGAGCUGGCUGCGGCCCGGGGGGGGGGCCGUGACCGAGACCUUGGUGCGGGGCGAGCGCGGCGAGUACGUGGUGCGGGCUCUGCAGCCGCGGGCCCCGUACCGGGUGUGCCUGGCCGCCCUGGAGCCCCCCGCCGCUCCCCCGCUCUGUGCCCAGGCCCGGGCGGGGGCCGGGGACCCCCCCCCACCCCAGCCCCCCAAAGGCGGCGGGGGGGGGAGGCUGGCGCUGAGGCCGCUGCGGGCCCCCGAGGAGGGGGGGAUCCGCACCGUGUACCCCCCCCCGCCGCCGCCGCCGCCGCCGCCGCUGCCCCCCCCCGGCGUGCGGGGCUACCGGGGGGGCGCCGCUCGCAGCCAAUGGGAGAAGCGGAAAAUUCCAGAAGUCCCAGCGGAGCCCAACCAAUGA